UCUUAUUCUGCUUAUUUUCCGCUUUUUAUAACACCCACAUAAACCUUCACUCAUCCCCCACGUUCUCUGCUCCACUAAUCAGAUAAGAGAACACAGACAUAUUAGAGCAUGGAGAUGCAAAUGCCAACGGUGAGAAACAGCAACAACAGAGGCAAAAGAGGAAAUCACAUGCCAAUGGAGAGAAAAGCAAAAAUUCUUGUCACUAUCUGCCAUAUUUUUCUUCUCGAGCUUACCAAAACGCACCGUCGUUUUGUCCCCAUCCAUUCUUCUGCUUAUUUUCCGCUUGUUUAUAACUCCCACAUAAACCUGCUCUCAUCCCCCCACUUUCUCUGCUCCACUAAGCAGUAAAAAAGCACUACUCACACUCUCUCCACUCCAUUGCCUCUUCUCUCUCAAGUCUGAAAAACCAGUGAGCAAUGGCGCCUCCCUCUCGUUUCCUCUCCGCCUUCGCUUCACUCCUUCUCUUCACCCCCUUCUUCGCAGAUGGGGGCUCUAUCGGGGUAAACUACGGCAGAAUCGCCGACAACCUCCCGUCGGCGGUGAAAGUCGUGCAGCUCCUGAAAUCACAAGGGUUAAGCCGGGUUAAAGUGUUCGAUGCCGACCCGUCCGUGCUCCGAUCUCUAGCCGGAUCUGGAAUCAAGGUCACCGUCGAUUUACCCAACGAGAUGCUCUCCUCCGCCGCCAAGAAGCCUUCCUUCGCAGCCGCGUGGGUGCAGAGAAACGUCGCCGCCUACCACCCGGCGACCGAGAUCGAAGCCAUCGCCGUCGGGAACGAAGUGUUCGUCGACACUCACAACACCACCAAGUUCUUGAUCCAGGCAAUGCGAAACAUCCACCAGGCGCUGGUGAAAUCCAACCUCCAUUCCGCCAUCAAGGUCUCCUCCCCAAUCGCUCUCAGCGCGCUCCAGAAUUCCUACCCUUCGUCGGCGGGGUCGUUCCGGCAGGAGCUCGUCGAGCCGGUUUUCCGCCCAAUGCUGGAGUUCCUCCGGGAGACCGGCUCGUACUUGAUGGUGAACGCUUACCCGUUCUUCGCGUACGAGGCGAACUCCGACGUCAUCUCGCUGGACUACGCUCUGUUCAGGGAGAAUCCCGGCAACGUCGACGCCGGCAACGGGUUGAGAUACUUCAGCCUCUUCGACGCCCAGAUCGACGCCGUGUUCGCCGCGAUGUCGGCGCUGAAGUUCGACGACAUCGAGAUGGUGGUUUCGGAGACGGGAUGGCCUUCCAAGGGCGACGGAACCGAGAUCGGUGCCAGCGUGGCAAACGCGGCUGCUUACAACGGCAAUCUCGUCCGUCGGAUCUUGACAGGAGGUGGGACCCCUCUGAGGCCCAAGGCAGAUCUGACGGUCUACCUCUUCGCUCUGUUCAACGAGGACGACAAAAACGGGCCGACGUCGGAGCGCAACUACGGCCUCUUCUACCCCAACGAAGAGAAGGUCUACGACAUCCCCUUCACAUCAGAAGGCCUCAAGAAAUACAAGGACAAAAGAGCUCCGGCCACCGGCGGCGGCCAUGUCACCGCUCCUCCGGUCACCGGAGGUGGAGUGUCGAGGAGCACGACGAGGAACACCUGGUGCGUAGCGAGUGGGGAGGCCGGGGAGGAGAAGCUGCAGGCUGCCCUCGAUUUCGCCUGCGGAGAAGGCGGCGCCGACUGCCGGCAGAUCCAGCCAGGGGCGGCGUGCUUCAAGCCGAACACCGUGGAGGCCCACGCUAGCUUCGCGUUCAAUAGCUAUUACCAGAGGAACGAGCGCGCCGGCGGUUCCUGCUAUUUCGGCGGCGCGGCGUAUGUCGUCGCCCAACCACCCAAAUAUGGGGAGUGCGAGCUUCCGACUCGGUACUAAAGAAGAAAGAAGACUGAUUAGCUGGGUUUAGUGAUCAAUGACUCAUCUCCUAACAGGUGGCGUAUGGAUGAGGAAUAAACCACCAUACGAUGGGCAUAGGGUUCUUUGGGAUAUGGUCGGUCCAUCCAUGGCGGGUGACGCCGUGACGAGCACUACCACGAAACAAUAAUCUUCCCAUACUUUUGGCAUUAUAUAUGUACUCAGAUCUCUUCAUAGAAUUUGGUUAUGGUAUUCUGUGCAAGUACAUGCUUAUGGCGUUUAGUUGAACAGCGCUGUAAUCAGAUGUAACAAAAUUGUCAUUUAGUGUAUGUAAUUAUGGUUUUAUAUUUUGUUUCAAAAAAAAAGGGGAAAUUUAUGGCUGUAGAUUUGUGGGACAUACGAUCCAACGACAUAAACAUUUAUUUAUAUAAG